AGAAACUUACAACCAUUUUAAUCGAUAAUACCGGAAGUUGAUUGAUUCCCUAGGUUUCUCCAUCUUCAUGGAGGAAAAGCCUGGUAAUUCAGACAUUCAACUUCCUCCUGGAUUUAGAUUCCAACCCUCUGAUGAGGAGCUCAUCGAACACUACUUGAGAAACAAAGUGACUUCAAAGCCGCUGCCGGCUUCUAUCAUUGCCGAAAUAGACCUCUACAAGUUUAACCCAUGGGAGCUUCCGAAGAAGGCUUUGUUUGGAGAGGAUGAAUGGUAUUUCUUUACGCCAAGGGAAAGGAAGUAUCCGAACGGGGUGAGGCCAAACAGAGCGGCAGGUUCAGGUUAUUGGAAGGCCACAGGGACAGAUAGACCCAUACUCACUCGAUGUGGGACGAGGAGUGUUGGAGUCAAGAAAGCCCUUGUUUUCUACAAAGGUCGCCCUCCCAAAGGAGUUAAGACGGACUGGAUCAUGCACGAGUAUAGAUUGCACGAUACCAUGAAUAUUUGGAGUACAAAACGAAAAGGGUCUAUGAGAUUGGACGAUUGGGUGCUAUGUCGGGUUCGACAGAAGAGCGGCGUUAUGAGGAACACUAGGGAAGAUCGAAGUGGUUCUCGUUAUGAACCAGGUGUGCAUGAGCCAUGGUCCAUGAAUAUGAACCCUAACCUCUUUACGGCCGUCAGAAACUAUUUAUACAACGAUUGUCCAAUGCUGCCAUAUAUCUUUGCCUCUGUUCGGGGUACUCCCUGCAUCGAUGCAACCUCAAGCAGCAUAAGCUUCCAAAGUAGCAACAGUGGAAAAUCUUGUCCUUCGGUCUUUGAAGACAACACAAUGAUGAAAAGAAAACUGGAUGAAGGAAAUCAGCGGGAGAUUUUCGUUCCACCAAGCAAGAAGGUAAGCAGAAGGGAUAACGCAAAGGAGAAAGUCCAAAUAUCUGCAAGGGGAAAAAACCAGCCUCAAGAUAACAACUUCGAUGCUGAUCAAUGGAAUUCCCUUGUCCAAUACCAAGAGUUUGAUCACUUGGUAUUUACAAAAAGUGACUAAGAAUAUAUGUAAAUCACUUCAACUUCAAGGGUUCUUUCGUCUAUUGUGUAAAGAUAUGGUAGCCUUUGAAUAUUUUUUUUGGUUGUUCCUUCCAUUAUAUAUGGAUUUUAUUACAUGUAUAUUAGAAAGGUAUUUGCUAGGUGUGAGACACAUCUUGACUUGCUUCUUUGGUAUUUGUGAUGCA